AUGCACACCACACGUGAGCCGAGCGGUGCCUCCGUGUUUGACGUGUUGUUUGCGCGCAGCAGCAGCAGUGCCAGGCGGCGGCAUUGGGCUGCUGGUCGGCUGUACGUCGCCUUUGACAGGACAACGCUGGUGGACGGCGAAAGCCGCAAGGCGGUCUGCGUCGUGUCGGGGACGGGCAUCCGCCCCAACGCCGUCUUUACGGCGAUGGAGGCGGCGGGGAGGGGAGCGGCGUGGUGCGCAGGAACAGAGCUGACGGUGGCGAGGUACGCCGUGCAGAUCGAGGAGGCGAUGCAUCUGCACCUUCUGCCAUACGCGACGGUGACCGACGGCGAGGGUGGCGCAGCCUCACCGGCAGAGGGGGACGGGGAGGAGGUGGCUCUUGCCGCUGGUGCUGCUGCUGGAGGCGAUGUGGAAGAGCCGAGGUUUGGACGGAAAAGGCCUGCAAGCGUGGUGAUCGGGGGUGGCGGUCAGCUGCCGCGGAGGCGGACGACUGACCAACUCGCUCGUGAGCUGCAGGACGCGUACCCGCAGUUCUUUCUGUGA